CCUAGACUCAGUUAGUUUAACCUGCCGUAGAGAACAGCGGGAGGACUCGGAGUCGCCUGGAUUUUGCUGCAGAAGCUUGGUGGGGCGUUGAGUUAUACCAGCAUCGCCAUGAGGGAAAGGAGGACUCCUCAGCCGGUGGUAGCAAGGUGCAAGUUGGUUCUAGUCGGGGAUGUACACUGCGGGAAGACUGCGAUGUUGCAAGUGUUAGCCAAAGACUGCUACCCGGAGACAUACGUGCCCACAGUCUUUGAGAACUACACGGCGUGCUUGGAGACAGAGGAGCAACGGGUAGAGCUCAGUCUAUGGGACACAUCUGGAUCACCCUACUAUGACAAUGUGCGCCCCCUGUGCUACAGUGACUCGGAUGCUGUCCUGCUCUGCUUUGACGUCAGCCGCCCUGAGACCAUGGACAGUGCUCUGAAGAAGUGGAAGACUGAAAUCUUGGACUACUGCCCCAGCACUCGUGUGUUGCUAAUUGGCUGCAAGAUAGAUCUGCGUACUGACCUAAGCACUCUGAUGGAGCUGUCCCACCAAAAGCAAGCCCCUAUUUCUUAUGAACAGGGUUGUGCUGUGGCCAAGCAGCUUGGAGCAGAGACCUACCUGGAGUGUUCAGCCUUCACAUCGGAGAAGAGCGUCCACAGUAUCUUCCGGACAGCAGCCUCCAUCUGCCUCAGCAAGCCUGGCCCCCAUCCCCCCAAGAGCCCAGCCCGGAGCUUUCCUAAGAGACUCCUCCGCUUGCCCAGUCGAUCUGAGCUCAUCUCUUCAACUUUCAAGAAGGAGAAAGCAAAAAGUUGUUCCGUCAUGUGAAGGGCCACUUGCUUCUGGGAGCAGGGGGUGGUGGUGGUGGUGGAACCCUUGUGGACUCUGGGCCCUCCAGUUGGCUCUCCUUGGGUGGGGAGGGGGGGCUGAUGGGUUCCCAUGGGAACCAGGCCUGGAGAAUCCUGAAGGACCCAAUUCCCCACCCCACCCGGCUCGGAGCAGGUCUGUCAUCCCUUCCGCAUUGCAAUGCUUCCCACCAUGCAGCCGCAGUGUGCGCUUCCAGAUAGACACGAGGGGAGAAUGUGCUGGACUGUGAGGGUGAAGGUUGGCCCAAGACCUGCCCUGCUCUGGAAGGCCUUUCUGGUUUGGCAUAGCAACACCUUGGACAGUAGUGGCUCCGGUGGCUGUUCCACAUAUUUGAAGGAUUCAGAAGAAUCAUCCCCCUUCCGAUGCACAGUUAAUAUCUCCAUUUGGCCCUGAUCAUCUUCUCCAUCUGCUGCUUGUCUUGUUUGCCUGUCUGAAGCAGGCCGAUUGCAGGAGAUCUCUCCCUUCCCCACCCCAGGUGUCCUCCCCCUUAUCCCCCCUCUAGAAUAGAGGUGUCUGGGUGUCCUCUCCUCCUCCCUCUGAAGAUAGGGGUGUGGGGAGGAGGGAGCAACUGUUUUAUAGACAUGGUCUCUUUGUGUGUGGGACGGAAAGGAAACACGGCGGGGGGGGAGGGAAUCUGUUAAAUGUUCAGUGUUAUUAAAAGAGAACUUAUUUAUUAAUGAAAAUAUAAUGCCGAUUAACAACCUUGUUCAAGGGGAUUUCUUAUUUGUCAGUCUCGAUGGAACUUUCCCAGUGAUAUGGGAAGCUGGGGGUAAAAACGAACUCUGUCAAACAAAGGUAAAUCUUUAACUUUUCCUCCUUAA